GUUUAUUCUAUUGACGCUGAGCCAUCGACUUGGUGUUAAGGUUUAACAAUAGUCUUCAAUAAGCUAUUUGAAGGAUAUCUCAAGGAUAGCUAAAGGACCUAUCAAUAGAAAAAUAAAAGAUGUCAGUAAACCCGGGCGGUCGGAGGCUGAAACAGUGGCUAGUAGAGCAGAUCCAGAGCGGCCAGUACCCGGGGCUGCUCUGGGAGGACGACAGCCGUACCAUGUUCCGCAUCCCCUGGAAACAUGCUGGGAAGCAGGAUUACAACCAGGAGGUCGACGCCUCUAUCUUCAAGGCCUGGGCUGUGUUUAAGGGUAAGUUUAAGGAGGGGGAGAAGGCUGAGCCUGCUACAUGGAAGACCAGGCUGCGGUGUGCCCUCAAUAAGAGCCCCGACUUCGAGGAGGUGGGAGACAGGUCCCAGCUGGACAUCUCUGAGCCCUACAAGGUGUACCGUAUCGUCCCCGAGGAGGAGCAGAAGACAGGUAAAAGUGCAGCAGCAGCUUUGACAUCUAGCUCUGGUGACAUUACUGACAUGGACUGCAGCUCUGCAGACCUGGAGGAGCUCAUCAAAGAGGUGAAACAGUCUUCCAGUGAUGAGUACCUGGAUAUCAUCAAGAGGAGCCACUCUCCCCAGGAGGAUGGCUGUAGGAUGCAGCCCAGCCCAGAGUACUGGUCCCAGGGCAGUGUCAGUGUCUUCCCGGGGCAUCAAGAUCCCUCGCCGAUGGGUUCUUUCAAUGCCGCCUUCUCUCAGAUGAUCAUCAACUUCUUCUACGGUGGGAAGCUGAUGGACAGCAUGGUGACCUCUCACGCUGAUGGCUGUCGUAUCUCUCCGGGUCAGCCUCCCUUGGUCCAGCACAGGUCCCCCUACGGUCUCCCAGACAGCCUGCAGAACGUACGUUUCCCCCCCGCUGAGCUCAUUGAGGCUGAGCGCCAACGCCAUGUCACCCGCAAGCUCCUGGGCCACCUGGAGAGGGGCGUGCUGGUCCGUGCCAACCGCGAGGGCAUCUUCAUCAAGAGGCUGUGCCAGAGCCGUGUGUUCUGGAGCGGGCUGGGGGGAUUGGGUCCCCACUACAGCCCUGGGGGGCCCUGCAAACUGGAGAGAGAUGCUGUGGUGAAGAUUUUUGACACAGGAAGGUUCUUCCAAGCUCUCCAGCUGUACCAGGAGGGCCAGCUUCCCGCCCCUGACCCCAUGGUGACCCUGUGUUUCGGGGAGGAGCUUCAUGACCUCAGCACAGCCAAGAGCAAACUUAUCAUCGUCCAGAUCACUCCAGUGAACUGCCAGCAGCUGUUGGAUGCAGUGAGCAUGCGUCGUUCACAGUACAGCAGUCCUAACCUGGAGAUCCAGUCAGAUGAGCUGCAGGCCGGGGAGCAGAUGGCCCGGAUCUACCAGGACCUGUGUAGCUACACCGCUCCCCAGAGGGCAGCCUGCUACAGGGACAACAUGCCCAUCACCGCCUGAACAGAGCACCUUCCUUCACUCCCCCUCAUUGAUAUAACAAGAAAGGUCUGACAUGACAUAUGGUGAAAUAUGUCACUGACAUACACUUCAGCCUCUCACACCUCUUAGCCCGUGCUUAAACCAUUCCAAUGCUUUUCAAUUCUUGAGAGCCAAUGAGCAAGUGCAUACUUUGAUUAAUGGAGAAAGAGAUGGGAUAGGGGAUCGCAGCAAAGCCAAUACUUUGCUUGGGUGUUACAGAGGCACUGUGUGUCAAGAAAGGGAAGUACUAUACAACCGUAUUACAAAUGGUGCUGUAAAGUUAUUAAAGGGUUUACUCAUCAAAUGUACCACCCCAGUUAGUAUACCACGUUUUCCCCCAAUCCAGAAACAAACAUAGUAAAAAUGUAAUAGAAUUCAGAAUAAAUAGUGGUUUGAACUAUUCGGUCUUGUAAACUUACUAUCAUCAAGGUUAUCACUAUGCAUCUUUAAAGAACGUGGUGAAUUUACUACAGCAGUAAAUUUGAUUGAAUAAACCCUGAAGUGUUGAAUGUUAUAUUAGAAUUUGUGUGUCUAUCGGUUGACUAGAUUUAGUGUGAUUUGUUUGUCAGUUUUCUCACCUGCUUUUAAUGUAUUUUUUUGAUGGAAAAUGUGAUUGAUAUUCAAUCCAAUACUCCAUACUACUCAUCAUAUCAAAGUGUAUAAACAUUUUAAAAAAUUAAAUCAAGGGCCAGUAUAACUGUAAAAGGAAGGCAGGACAUGUAGGUACCAGUACACCAGAUUACCUAUUUUCUUUAUAUGUAGAACAUCCUUAAAACAUGUAUAUUUUUCUAUUUGUACUGUAGAAACAUAUGUUUCUUAUACUGUAUGAGAGAUUUUAACAGCAACAUGAUUGCUUGGAUUGUAUUUGAUAUAGAUAGGUUUUACUAUCGUAUUCUGCCCACUGUUUUACUCUCUCUGAAUUCAUUUUUCAAACUUUUAAAUAAAUAUCAAACUUUUCAGUAAA